AUGGAGCUGAGGGUGCCGCUGCUGUCCUUCUCUACUGAGGAUGUCGCCGCGGCGGCUGCGCGCAGACGAAGCCAUCAUCUGGGCACGGCGGCUCAGGACAUCGACGGCGACAUCGUCAGGUUGGAGCAAGGCACGGCGGCGGUGACGGGAGCCGGCGGGAUCGAGAACAGGGGGAUUGAGAGCAAGGGGCGUGCCUCGCCUCCAUUGAUUGUGCCUAAAGCUCCAAGAAGACUAACACAGCCACUGAUUGUCAAACGAAGAAAAAUAUUCAGGUGCAGUUUCAUCUUCCUGGCCCUGGAAUGGUGUCCCCAGGAAAUGGACGUCUUGCCUUUGCCAAAGAGACCUACCAGGGACUGGUCGGAGCUGCCUUUUGACACCCUCUAUUCAAUUUUUGCCAAUCUAGGGGUCGUUGAUCUUCUUAUGGGUGCGGGCCUUGUUUGCCACUCAUGGCUGAAGGUGGCCAAGGAGCCUGAUCUAUGGCGAAUCGUGCACAUGCAGCACCACGAGAUCGUCGGCAUGGACACAAAUGAUUUGCGGGCAAUGUUGAACGUGGAUAUUGACCGUUCUGAUGGGCGGAUGGAGGUGUUUGUGGGAGAGUAUUUUCUUACUGAUAAGCUCCUCAAGUACACAGCGGACAGGUCGCCCAAUCUGAGGCACCUUGACCUUGUGAAGUGCUAUAGGAUCACGAAAGAAGGAUUGGCUGAGGUGAUACCAAGGUUUCCCCUGCUGGAGAAGAUCGUGCUUUGGGGUUACCGAAGAAGUGUCACAGGGGAUUUGUAUCAAGUCAUUGGUAGAACAUGCAAUCAACUCGAGUGCCUCGAGCUAUGCCAUGGGAGCAGGGAACAGACGCUUGGGAUUGCGGCAUUGCAAGGGCUGCGAGACAUCGCCCUCAUACGCUGCAAUGUGAACGACGAAGAGCUGGCAUUUAUCAUUGAUAGUUGCCCUCUCCUGGAGCGUCUUCACGUGAGGGGUUGCUUCGAGAUCGCCGGCGAGCCAAUCCUGAUGGCCAAGCGUGCCAGGAUCAAGGCAAUGUCGGUUCAAAUCUAUGCCCGCUAUAACUGGGACUGA